UACUCCACUUGUCAUCACGGCGACGGAACAAGUCUUUUGCUAACGGCGUAAGACCCGACCGCAGUCCACCUGAGAAAGAUCUCCGACCGCCGUCUAAUGCCGCCGCCGCCACCUCCGCCGCUGUCCGCCGCCGGCGCCGGCGGCGGCGGCGGCCGGAGGCGGUGGCAGAAACGGCUGAGCCCCACACUCGCGCGGGACCGCUGCUACACCCGCGCCUUCCGCUCCGCGGGCCUCCGCCCCACCGCCGUCCCGCUCCCCGACGGCGCCGUCGUCCACCUCUGGCUGCCCCCGGCGGCGCCGCCCGCGGCGGCGCUCCAGCCCGUCCUCCUCCUCCACGGCUUCGGCGCGCGCGCCACCUGGCAGUGGGCGCCCUUCCUCCGCCCGCUCAUCGCCGCGGGCCUCGCGCCGUUCGUCCCGGACCUCGUCUUCUUCGGCGGCUCCGCCUCCCCCGCCGCCGACCGCUCCCCGGCGUACCAGGCCGCCUGCGUCGCCGCGGCCAUGGCGGCGGUGCUCCCGGGGGCCCCGCAGGCGCAGGCGCAGCGGUACGCCGUCGUCGGCGUCAGCUACGGGGGCUUCGUGGCGUACCACCUCGCCCACGCGUUCCCGGCCGCGGUGGAGCGGCUCGUGCUCGUCGCCGCCGGGGUGUGCCUCGAGGAGGCCGACCUCGCCGCGGGGCUCUUCGCCGUGGAGGACAUCGCGGAGGCGGCCAGCCUGCUGCUGCCGCAGCGGCCGGAGGAUCUCAGGCGGCUGGUCGGGCUCACCUUUUGCCGCCCGCCGCGGUUCAUGCCGUCCUGCUUCAUCAGAGACUACAUCAGGGUUAUGUGCACUGAGAAUGUCAAGGAAAAGACUGAGUUAUUACAUGCUUUGAUCAAUGGUAAGAAGCUUUCAGACCUUCCAAAAAUUAACCAGCAAACCUUGAUAAUUUGGGGAGAGCAAGAUCGGGUCUUUCCAUUGGAACUUGGCCUACGGCUUAAGAGACAUUUGGGGGAUACAUCCGAGCUAGUCAUUGUCAAGAACGCUGGACAUGCCAUAAACCGCGAAAAGCCAGCUGAGCUAUGUAGACUUAUAAAGAACUGUAUCGCUGAUCCGUCUGUCAAGUAUCGAGAUGGUCACAAGGGGUCCUGGAAGAGUGCGAUAAAAAGGUUUGCUGGGUCGAGUCUGAGGAAGGUAGACUCUACCCGACCACUGUUAUAAUGCAUAUACUGACCAAUACCAUGUAAGAAAUUUGACAUCAUAUAAGUUUAUAACCACGAUAAGCAAACUUUCUCCCUUAAGAAUCACUGUGAUGUUUGCGUGUGAUUUACUGUUUACACUAAACAAUGACCACGGAAUGAAGAUUGACAAGAAAAGGCCGCAGCUAUGUUUCAUAUAUGAGAAAAGAGGCCAGUUAGGAAACUGGGCCUGUAAACUGGGGCCUAUGGUUGGCCCAGUAUAUCCAUCGUCAUACUCUUCUGACCUUUUUCCUUUAAUUUAGGCUCACUCAGAAGAACUUUUCUCCACUUACAAAAUUCAUAUGAAAUCUGUUCAUUCCAAACAGACAUCAUGUAUCUGGAUGAUCUUACUUAUCUCAAUUCAUAGCUAUGCUUUAUUUA